GAAUGAAACUCGUCAACGUCCAUGCCAGGAAUCCUAUAUUGAGCAGAGAUAAGCAUGUACAGAGAAAGUUGUUAAUGACAGCUCAUCAUUUUAUUCAACAUCGCUGUAGUUUGAAUCACAACGACUCCACAUCCAUUGCUGAGUCUAGCUAGUUCUCCACGCCAGGUUAUCAAUAUGGCCUCAUGGAUUAUUCAAAUUUCUGUGAUGGUUCUAUCCGUCUUAAUCAGCAGCUGCCAGGGGAAGAGGGAAAAAAUGCUCUACUGUUCUGCAUGCAAGGCAAUUGUGGAUGAACUGACCUACUCAAUCAGUCAGGUGGACCCAAAGAAAACCAUUAAUGUUGGCAGCUUUCGACUCGACCCUGAUGGAACCAUGAAAGACAAAAAGGUCCCUCUCGCUCGUUCUGAGAUUCACCUCAGUGAGCUCCUGGACGAGGUAUGCAACAGCAUGAGUGACUACGCCCUCCAUGUCGACCCCGACACCCAGAAAAAACAGUACAUGAGGUUUGCUCCCAGAGACGGUGUGACCACAGGCGACUUCCCGGACUUUAACAACUUCCAGUUCGAUGGGCCGGAGGCAUCCAAUGCCCUGAAAUUCGCAUGCGAGACCUUGGUGGAGGAACUGGAGGAUGAUAUCAUCUCUGUGUUCAGCCAGGAUGUACAGGAUGUACACAAGGAGUUAUGCAACAGAAUUUCAGACUAUUGUAAAGACAGCAGUCACACAAAUGAGGAGCUAUAGUGUUCAUUCAUGUUUACUGCAAACAAAGGUGGGACCAGCAUUGCACUGCAUUAUUGGAAACACGAUGAAAAAAAUGCUUUGAUGAAAAAAUAUUUUGAUAAAUAAUUAAAAAGCUUUUUAAAUAAUAAAUGUGUAAAUCUUGAGAAAUCA